AGAGUAAAUAUUUGUGGAGGUAAAAAACAAAUAAUGAAAAGAUUCCUCUCAGUCUUCAAAACCAAUUGCUCAUAUGCCUCUCAAAGCAGUUACUUCAGCCUCCUUGGUCUUGCUGCAUGUUGGGGUGAAAUCAUAAAGGAUUGAAACUAAUGGACUGAUUCCUGGUGUCACUAAUUUGUUAAACUUUCUUUGUUUUCUUUCCUGCUGUCUGCUUGGCUGUGAUCUUCACCCAAAGGUGUCUGACUUCCAAAGGUUACUAAUGUUUUAGCUGUUACUCUAAAACUGAGCUAUCUAAGCUUCACUUACAGUUGUUUCCUUGACUGUACCUGCCACUCAUUGCUGCUUCUGCUCUUACCUUCAUCAGAGAACCAAGAUUCUCUGAAUCCAAAGGACAGAGAGAACUUUUUUAAAACUAUCCACUAUGAAACUAAAACUAGACGUACAUGUCAUUUUCUUGCUUCCUGUGUACUUCUUAAUAUCUGUGUAUAGUGCCCUUGUAUUUAUUCCAUGGUAUUUUCUUACCAAUGCUAAGAAGAAAAAGGCUAUGGCAAAACGCUUAAAAGCUAAACCCAUCUCGGACAAGCCCGGAAGUCCGUACCGUUCUGUUACUCAUCUUGAGUCACUAGCAACCAUAGACGUUCCCGGAGCAGACACUUUGGACAAGUUGUUUGACCAUGCUGUAGCAAAGUUUGCGAAGAAGGACUGCCUUGGGACCAGAGAAAUACUGAGUGAAGAGAAUGAAAUGCAGCCUAAUGGAAAAGUAUUUAAAAAGUUAAUCCUAGGAAACUAUAGAUGGUUAAACUAUGAAGAAGUUAACCAGAGAGUGGAUCACUUAGGGAGAGGACUAGCUGCACAAGGACUAAAGCCAAAAAGUACCAUUGCCAUAUUCUGUGAGACCCGAGCGGAGUGGAUGAUUGCAGCACAAACCUGCUUCAAAUACAACUUCCCUCUUGUUACUUUAUAUGCCACCCUUGGUGAAGAGGCCGUAACCUAUGGUCUGAAUGAAUCUGGAGCAUCAUAUCUAAUCACCAGUGUAGAACUUCUAGAGAGUAAACUUAAGACUGCAUUGUCAGAAAUCCCCUGUCUCAAACAUAUCAUUUAUGUGGAUAAGAAGACUCUUAAUAAAUCUGAAUACCCUGAAGGACUAGAGAUUCAUAGUAUGCAGACAGUAGAAGAAUUAGGAGCCAAACCAGAAAAUUACAUCUCUCCAAGCAAACCUGUUCCCACAGACCUGGCUUUAGUAAUGUAUACUAGUGGGUCUACUGGGAGACCUAAAGGAGUGAUGAUGCUGCAUAAGAACUUGAUAGCUGGAAUGACAGGCCAGUGUGAGAGAAUACCUGGACUAGGACCCAAGGACACUUACGUUGGCUACUUGCCUCUGGCCCAUGUAUUAGAAUUGACAGCAGAAGUGUCCUGCGUUACCUAUGGCUGCAGGAUUGGAUACUCCUCUCCACUCACUCUAUCAGACCAGUCAAGUAAAAUUAAGAAGGGAAGCAAAGGAGACUGUACUGUACUGAAGCCCACACUCAUAGCAGCUGUGCCUGAAAUAAUGGACCGAAUUUAUAAGAAUGUCAUGAGUAAAGUCCAAGAGAUGAACUAUAUUCAGAGAACUCUGUUCAAGAUAGGCUAUGACUAUAAACUGGAACAGAUCAAAAGGGGGUAUGAUGCACCUCUGUGUAAUAUACUGCUGUUUAAAAAGGUAAAAGCAUUGCUAGGCGGAAAUGUGCGUAUGAUGCUUUCUGGAGGAGCACCCCUUUCGCCUCAGACACAAAGGUUCAUGAACAUCUGUUUCUGCUGUCCUGUUGGCCAGGGUUAUGGAUUAACAGAAACCUGUGGAGCUGGAACAAUUACUGAAGUUUCUGACUAUAGCACUGGCAGAGUUGGGGCUCCUCUUAUUUGCUGUGAGAUCAAAUUGAGAGACUGGCAAGAAGGGGGCUACACUUGUAGAGACAAGCCUAAUCCUAGAGGAGAGAUUAUAAUAGGUGGACCUAAUGUCUCUAUGGGAUACUUUAAAAAUGAAGAAAAGACAGAGGAUUUCUCCGUGGAUGAAAAUGGCCAGAGAUGGUUUUGUACUGGAGAUAUUGGAGAAUUUCAUCCUGAUGGGUGUCUGCAGAUCAUAGAUCGAAAAAAAGAUUUGGUGAAGUUGCAAGCAGGAGAAUAUGUAUCUCUGGGUAAAGUAGAAGCAGCACUAAAGAACUGUCCACUUAUUGACAAUAUCUGUGCUUAUGCCAAAAGUGAUCAGUCUUAUGUGAUCAGUUUUGUGGUUCCUAAUCAGAAGAAGCUGACUGUAUUAGCUGAACAGAAAGGUGUCAAGGGAACUUGGGUGGAAAUCUGUAACAAUCCUAUCAUGGAAGCUGAGAUAUUGAAUGAGAUUAAAGAGGUGGCAGAUAAGAUGAAAUUAGAGAGAUUUGAAAUACCAAUCAAAGUACGGUUAAGUCCUGAACCAUGGACCCCAGAGACUGGUCUAGUAACUGAUGCUUUCAAAUUGAAAAGGAAGGAAUUAAAGAACCAUUACCUCAAUGAUAUCGAGCGAAUGUAUGGAGGCAAAUAACCUUCUGAGCUACAUUGACUAGAAAGCUGUGCAGAAAGUUGCUUCUCAUACCCUACAGGACAGAACUCAAGCCUCAGAAUAUUGGACACCCUUGUGUACUGUAGAUACCACAGGUAGUUCAGACAAUACAUGAAAUCAGUGAAGACCUACCUAACCUGUAAAGCCAGGUCCUGUGGGGAAAAAACACUUGCUUAUGGAACCAAACUUUCUAGCUGCUAGCAGAAAACACUUAUCCACUUUAAACUGUUUCAUUUGUUCACUUCCACCUUGGAGUUAGAUGUGAUCAUGUGAAGCAGUGUGACUUGAUAACCUGAUUUCCACUGUUGCUUCUAUACCAUAUUCCAACUGCUUUCCCAUCUGUUCUUCUCCAAUUCCCUAUACAAAUAUGAAAAUGAGUUAAUAUGUAAAUCUGACAAUUCCUACAUCAGAGAAAGGUACUUGGUGAGGGGGAAAAAAUAAACAUAUUUAAGAUUUGCACUUCUUAUGCAAAAAGUGAAGAUGAAGUAGGAAAUUGUUAAAUACAAAGCAUUGCAGCUUUCGCAAAAGUAUUGGUGUAAUAUCUUAUCUCAGGUCCUGUCCUAGAUUAAAUGAAAAUGAAUAGUUUAACUUGAACCUGAUCUGUUUAUCACCGUUCCCUAAAAGGCCACUACAGAUGCAUAAAGCUCCUUUUAGAAUUUGAGUUGAUGGAAGAGGGAAAGAAAUCUGAGGUUAUUGCACUGCAUUUAAGCCCAGUUCUAGAUUCUGCUAUGGCCCCUCUGUAUUCAGAAGCUGUGAGCCAGAAGGGUAGCUUAAAAUACCACCUCUCCCCAUCCUACCCCAGUUAUGUCCUGUAUUGAACUCAGGUUGACAAGAUCCAAGACUUGGGCCUAUUGAUUAUUAACACUCAUGAAUAAAUUCUGUAGUAAGGCCACAGAAUUAAUUACAUGGCACUGAAAAUGCAUUACUGACAGUAGAUUUAAUCUUCUGCGCAUCCAGUUAUAUUAUGAAUAUUUUCAAUGCCUAAAAAGGAAUAUAAAAUACUUAGUGAAAUAAGAAGGGUGAACUGAAAGGCUUUUUUUAAAAUCAAACUACUCAGAAUUUCAUUCUUCAAGAGUGUUCUAUGAACAACUUAUCUCCAGUAGACUUUAAAUGUUCUGAAAUAUUUUUUAUACUUGCCACAAUGUUUGUUUUUAAUUCAAAACAGCAUUUUCAACUUUGGCACAAAGAAAAAAAAAGAUCCUCCAAAUGCUUAGUUAUAUAUGUAGCACUACUCACAUGAGUAAAGCUAAACACAUGUAAGAAUUUACAGGAUCAGGGCCUAAAACAUUUUGUAUUAACUUAUUUAAAAGUAUUACUAUUCACCUUUUAAAUAUGUCAAUCAAAACAAGCCACAGUUGGAAGCCAAGCAUUUCACAUAUUCUUCUUUUACCUACAGUUGAUGAGCUUGGUCUCUGGUUAGGGAUUUUUGUUCCUUAAACUUGUUAAAAGAAGAGAAAACACUUGAGGUAGAACUCUGUUUCUGAAAAUGUUUGUUUUAAAAACUGGAAACCGUAGAGGUGCUGAAGUGGGAAGGAGGCAAAUAAUACAAUAAUGGUUUUGCUACUGAGUGUGGAACAUCCCGUACUGUUUCUUCAAAAUCCUCAGUUAGCACUCUGGGCUCAUGUAUCUCUCUUAGAUGUUCCCCCUUGAACCAUAAAUACUGUAAAAAGUGGAAGCUCUUGCAACUGUUCUACUUUGCAUUUCUUUCUUAAUCAUUUUAUAUAUGUUGCUUACAUUUUGUACAGAUGUGGCUCUCAACUGUGAUAUUAUAACUUACUUUGAUCUAAAAUAUUUAUAAAAUAGAUUGUCUAUUCAUAAUAUUUAAAUGUUGUGUAUAUGAUGGUAAAGGAAAAUUAUCCGAUAUUGUCAUUGUCAAGAGUGAAGGGUUUUAUAUGAAACACAUAAUUCAGUAUAUAGUGAUUUUAAAAAACAAUCAGGGCAAGAUUUUCCUUCUGUGAGGUGUAUGUGUGAAUCCCCUUUUCCCAGCUCAACCAACUUUCAAAGUGAAAAUAAAUCAUGGUUAUGGAUUGGUUAA